AUGUUCACGGAACGAAAUCCCAGCAUUCACAAGGCCUUGAAAGGCUCAGUCGCGCAGAUAUUCUCCAUGACAAAUAUGCGUAAUUUCGAGGUGUAUGCCGACGAAUGUAGCGCCAUCUUCUUAGAUGCGAUGCGCGAUCUCGAAGGGCAGAGGUUAGACCUUGCACACUGGCUACAAUGGUAUGCUUUCGAUGUCAUCGGGAGCAUCACAUUUCAACGACGAUUCGGGUUCCUGGAGAGGAGAUAUGAUGUCGACGAAAUGAUCAGCAAGAUCAACGACGGCCUCGAGCUUGUCAAAAUCAUCGGGCAGUCCGAAUGGUUGGUUGCACUGUUCGACAGAUUGUAUGCCAAUUCCUGGAUCAGGGAGAACUACUGGCCUGACACUAUGGACAAGUUCUUGAAAAAACUGCAAAGAGAAAUUGACGAGGCUGAUGGGGCCGGUCACCUCUCAGAGUACGUGACAUAUCAAGAGUCGUUGAAACUGCCAUACUUCCAAGCUACAUUAAAGGAGGCCAUGCGAAUACAUCCUGCUGUGGGAUUUCCUUUGGAGAGAUAUGUACCUGAAGGAGGUGCAGAAGUUUGUGGCUACAGUCUUCCAGCUGGCACUAACAUCAGCACUUCUGCGCCACUGAUGCAUAUGGACAAGGGCGUUUUUGGUCACGACGCCCGGAUCUUUCGACCUGAGAGAUGGCUGGAGGCUUCGCCAGAGCAGUUGAGUCUCAUGGAUCGCACCUUUAUUGCGUUUGGGCACGGUUCUCGAACGUGCAUCGGUAAAAAUAUCUCCCUCAUGGAGAUGGGCAAGUUGAUCCCACAGCUCUUCCGUCAUUUCGAUAUUGAGUGGGCUUCGGAGCAGUCAGAGUGGCACACACAUGCCGCCUGGUUUUGGAAGCAGUCGGGAUUGUUUGUGAAACUUAAGAGGCGGGAAACAAAAGAAUGGUGUACGGCGACCGAGCUGGGAAUCUAG